CACUGUACCCUCCCAAUGAGUUCCUAUUUUGUAAACUCAACUUUCCCCGUGACUCUGCCCGGCGGACAGGAGUCUUUCUUGGGACAGAUACCGUUAUACUCCUCCGGAUACACGGAUCCUUUAAGACACUACCCCGGCGCCGCGUAUGGAGCUUCCACGGUCCAAGACAAAGCUUACCCAUCCGCGUAUUAUCAGCAGGCGAACGGUACCUACAGCCGGCCCAGUACCGCCGGUGCCUGCGACUAUGCGGCGGCCAGUUUUUACAGGGAGAAGGACCCCGCCUGCGCGCUCACCAGUUUAGAGGAGCACUCGCUCGUCUUAAGCCAGGAUCACCGCAAGACCGACUGCACGGGGCAGGCUAAGAGCAUAUUCGCCGACGGUGACGACCAGAAGCCGCCGACCGCGGUCUACCCGUGGAUGCAAAGGGUGAACUCUUGCAACGGAACCUUCGGUAACCCCGGCCGCAGGGGUCGUCAGACGUACACGCGCUACCAGACUCUCGAGCUGGAGAAGGAGUUCCAUUUUAACAGGUAUCUGACCAGACGGCGCCGGAUCGAGAUCGCUCACGCGCUAUGCCUGACUGAACGCCAGAUAAAAAUUUGGUUCCAGAACCGCAGAAUGAAGUGGAAAAAAGAAAACAAACUUAUAAAUUCGUCGCAGAUCAGUGGAGGAGAAGAAGAGGAAAAAAAGAGGACAGAAUGACAGAAGAAGAGGAAGAAGAAGAAGAAAAAAAAGGAAAAGAAAUGCAGCUACAGCUUGUCAUCGUAGAACUGAAUGACGGUUUCUUUUGUCUUGAAACUUGCACCAGUGAAGUUUGUGUUUGGUAAAUUCGUCGUAGCAUUCCAGAAGUCCAUCUAACUUCGCAUAUUUACUUGUUAUUUUUAUUUCUCAUAUUCUUGUUUUAUAUAUUUUGUAAAUAUUUCGGGAAGCAGUGACGGGUAUUGUUGUGGCGCGUCUCCCCUUUCUCUGCAAUGACUAAAAUGUCCAUUUAACGAACCUAUUCGAAAUAUAUGUUAUAUUCGUGUUCAUAUUUAAGCUAUAUAAAAAUAAAAGGACAUGGUCCUUGUAAGGUGAAUUGAUGUAUUUCCUUUGUAUGUUAAAUUCCCAGAGUCUAAUGUGUUUUUCUUUUCUGAGGGAGAAAAGAUGAUCUGCUGAAAAAAAAAUCUGAACUACCUACACUGGGACAAAUGUUUAUUUUUUAUUAAUUCUGUACAUUGUUGUGUUUGUAGUUUUGUUGUUUCACAGAAAGUUUUCUGAUGUAGAAGUCAUUCAAUAAAAACAAUGUUUCAGCUUA